CCAAAAAAAAGUGUACGACGGAGAAAAGUCUGUGCAAUGUGCGAAAAACUCUUAUUAAUUUCAUAGAAAAAACUAUUAAAUUAUUAAAUUAUAAAACUAAAAUUCAAUGAAAAACAAAACUUAAAACAAGUGUAAACAUUGAAAUUAACUUGCGUGCAGUAAAAUUUACAAAAAAUUCAAUUAUUUUUAGCUUGCAAAUGACAUAAAAAAAAGAGACAAAAAAUUGAUCAUUUUUUUUUUUGUUCUCAGUUUUUCUCGCACACACAUCCCACAAAAUUUUAUAUAUAUAUGAACUUUUUUUUCCCAAUUUUUCUGUCAAAACUUCGAAGAUGAAAAUUUUUGUAAAUUAAUUUUUUUCUUUCAUUCAAGAAAAUACAGAAAAAUCCAAAUAAUUUCCAAUUCGUUUUAAUUAAUACGCGUGUACAAAAAAGUUUGUUCCUAACAAAAAAUCAAAAAGAAUGAAAAGUUUGUGUACAUAGAUUUGUUGUUUUGCGAAAAACUAUUAAAAAAAAAAAAGAUUCUCCAGUCGAACGAAGGGAGGCUCAUUUUUCAUAGAGACGGAGAAGUGUAUUCCCGUAUUCUCAUCCGUUGUCCGUUUUGUGUCCCCCUCGAGAACCCAACAAUCGAAACAACAAUUUUUUUGCAGUAAGAAAUAUAAUAAAAAGGUUUGUUCCCUUUGUAUAGAAAUAAAAACAAUGACAAAGGAGCUCCGCGCAUCCUACGACGAAUAGUUUUUUAUUAAAUCAAUUUUAAUAAUUGUAAUUUAAUUCCUUUUUAAUAAAAAAAUUAAAACCUUAAUUUUCAUUGAUCCGCGAAAAGAAGAAGAAUUAGAAAGAAUUUUCCUCCACAUUUCCUCUUCUUUUUUUUUUGUUGUUGGUUUUACUUGUUUUUGUUUAUGUGAUUACAAGAGUGUGUGAGUGUUUGGUACGCAGAAGAGCACUAUAACAGCAGAACAAGAAGAGUUUUUUUUUGUUGUUGGUUGUUUGGAUCUUAUUUUCGUUCGUGGCGGAGCACUCAUUGCUGUGAAGGAGGAGGAGAAUGUGCCAUUUGCAUAAGAAUAACUAAUAAAUUUCCAACAUUUCAAACAAACUAUAAAAACAAUCAUGGAGUGCGAUGUAACUCCUGAUCAAUUUCCACGAAGUCAUGAAAAACUCAUCACCACCAGCAACGACUCAUUCCAAAAAAUCCAACUCCACUCCAAUUCAACCUCCACAUCGAAUCAUGCAUCAUCAGCAGCAGCUAAGCAACAUUUCCUCUCAACUACAUCAAUAAUAUUUCCUUCGGUUAAGCACAAACUGCAUACUUCCUCUGCAAAGUAUGUAACACCACCGCCCUGUUCUAGCAACGAAGUAGAAUGUGAUCCACUUGCUCUUGAUUCACCGCCUCCUAUGGCUGCAGGAAGUCCAUCGUCGCAUCAUCAUCAUCAUAUAGCGCCAGCUAAAUUGGUUAAACAUUCUCAUAGUCUGCGACGGCAUAUACCCCGCAUAAUUGUAAAGCCAAUUCCGGAAAAGAAGCCAGUUCCCGUUACUUCGCUAGCUGUAACUAGCAGUCAAUGUCGAACAAAGAACAGCAUGGCAACUUCAUCAACCACACCAUCCACAUCUUCAACGACAAUCUCUCUACGCAGCAUACCCAGCACAACAGCUCAAAUGCAAGCGUCCACUAUGCGUGAGGUACUCGCCUCAAUACCGGGCUUCAGUUUGAAACCCCGAAGGCGAUCUAAUAAAAAAAUGUCCACAGCAGCACAAAUUGAACAAACGAAAGAUGGAAAAAUCGAUCUGGAGACACCCGACUCGAUUCUGGCUAGCACCAAUCUGCGUGCACUGCUAAAUAAGCAAACCUUUUCCCUCCUGCCACCUCUUUAUCAGUACAACUUGAUUCAACUAUUGCCGGGCGUUGAUCGAGCGGCAGCAGUUGAAACAUCCGAUGCUGCUCUUGGAGCUGUACGCCUCGGUGCCUCGAGUCUAAAUAAUGAAUUUUUUGCCCGCGCAUGCUUAGAAUGGCGCGAACGAUUGUCCGAAGGUGAAUUUACACCCGAAAAUCAAGUUAAACUGAAAUCUGAAGCUGAGAAGGAAAAGAACAAAUUAGAUCCAUGGAAGCUUAAACACUUUGAACCAAUAUGGGGUGAUAAAAUAUCUAGUAGACGAUCUAAAACAAGUUCAACUUCUUCGGAAGAAAACACUCCAGCAAUAUCUACAACAACGACGACAAUCAAAUUUGGAAAGAGUUCAACUAGCAAAACAGCAAUGGGUAUCAGAACCGAAACAUGCACCUCAGCUGAUGUUACCUCGUCAACAUCACCUUCGUCGUCAUCCACUUCAUCCACCAUCUCGACGCUGUCAUCAUUAUCAACCACGACGAGCAGUAGUAUCUUGAGGCCACCGAUUAUUAAAGCCGAGCCCAAAUCUAUUAUCGAAUGCAGAAUCGAUAGUAAAAUGAAAGAUGAAGUGGAUUCUAUAAGAAGAAACUCCCCAUUCUCACAAUCCACAACACCCAGUGAUAAACCACAGACUGAAGAAUCUCCAGCACAGAGUGAUGAUGUUGCCUCAAAUGGCAGUAAAAGUUGUGUCGAUGACGUCGAUGUAGAUCAGCAACAACAACAACAACAGCAACAGUUGAUUGUUUUUGACGAAGAAGUGAUUACAGCAGAAGAGGAGGUUGUUUUACCAAAACAGAUUUCACCCAAGAGAACUCGCAAACGAUCGUCGACUAGCCCAACAUUCGCCGAGAGCAAACAGAUUAAAUUUGAAUCUGAAGCUGAAGCGCCUGAACCACCGCCACCUCCACCACAACCCAGUGAAGAAAUUAUUGAAGAAUCUGUGGUGGAUUCUCCCAAAUCAGACAUCGACUCAAAUCGGCUGGAUCCGGAAGAGGAGCUACUUAUUUCAAAUGUUUUAGAGAUGACGACCAACGAAGAGAAUGCUGAACAGCAAGAGCCAUCUAAUACGGAAGAGGCUACAGGAAGCUUGUCAAACCUGGGAGAUGAUUUUCCAUUCAACAAUUGUGGCCUUGACACGCCAAAUGACACCACAGACACUUCGAAUAUAGUUCCAACUAUAGUUGCAGAUGUUGUUGGAUCUGAUGGAGCAUUUCACGCGCAGGUAUCUGCUAAUGCUUUCAACUUUCCAGAUAGUUUGUUUAGUAGUUUUUCACGGAGACUACAACAAGAACAACAUCAGCAUUUGCAACAGCAAUUACAGCAACAGCAGCAACAACAACAGCAACAAAAUCAGCAUUCUUCAAUUGGAGAGCCGUCCUCGAUGCAAAUGCCCAGUGAAAUGGUAGAACAGUUUAUUGUCUCGGAUUUGGCAAAUAGUAGUGGGGUAGGUGCAAUGCUCACGUGCACAGAUGAACAUGAUAGCAACAGCAAUAAUCUUAUCGACUGCAACGGUGGUGUGAGUUGUGACGAAAGUAAUACCAGCAUUAGUACCUGUGAUAACAUCGGGGUUGCGAUAAGGGCACGAAUUGCCCAAGCAGCAGCCGGUACAUUAGAUGAAGAAGAUCCAAUCGAGCAGAAGUUUGCAGAUGCUGAAAACUAUGUUUUGGAAUCAGGUGAAGUUAGCACAGAAAGUGGAGAAGUUAUAAACAACCUAGAAAUCCCUGUACCGAAGGACAUCUCUGAAAGUGAUCUAUUCAGUUCACUAGAUCAUGUCAUGAUAGCUCAAGAUUGUGAAAAUGUUUACGAGCAAAACAAACAUUUAGCUAUUGAAACAGCAAGUAAUUCAUCGGAAGCAUCUAUAACAUCUUCACAAUCUUCAGCUCAAGGUGCUGGGCGAACAACACCUCUCAUGGUUAUGGCAACACCACAAUCACAUCCACCUCAAUCGCCAAACUUGGAGGAAACUCAGACACGUGAAAAUAUGUUUCAUCAUGUUCAGCACGAUUGGAAUUUUGGACUAAAAAUGAACCAUUCAAUGUAUUCGAAUGCUUCGACAUUCAUGAAUGAACAAAAUAAUUUCAUGAAUGAACAAAGCAAUCAAAUUAUAGAUGAAUCCUUAAUUAAAAAGGAAGAAGAACAUUUGCCGCAACAACAGAAACAAGAAAUGUUCCAUGAACAACAGGAUUUUGGCAUUGACAUUGGUGAUAUUACAAGCGAAGAAAUUGAAGUUCCCAUGACUGCUGCUGAAAUGGAAGUAACAAGCACUGUAGUCAAUAGCAAUUCGAACGAUAGCAAUAAUGCAGAAAUAAAAAUGUAUGCUCAAUCGUCUAUACCACAUAUACCAGGUGGUAAAUUGCUACUCGACACAAAUGGACAGGUUAUUGGGAAUUUUUUAAUGCAUCCAAAUCGUCAAUUGACUUUGCACGCACAACAACAGCAGCAACAGCAAAGACAGCAACAACCGCAACAACAACCGACCCAACAACCCCAACAACAACAACUGCAACAACCACAACAUCAACAGCAACAACUGCAGCAUCAUCAGCAGCAACAACAACAGCACCAAAUUGCAUUCCAAACAAAUCAUUCGCAACCAAAACAACAAAUUAAAAAAGUUAUUGAUUCGAGUGGAGUUCAUCAUUAUACCACUGCCCAGCUACAGCACCAUACGAUAGAGAACUCUCAAAUACAGUAUCAACAGCAGCAACAACAACAACAGCAACAACAACAACACCAGCAACAACAGCAUCAGCAUCGCCAAUUUAUUAAUAUCCAACAACAGCUUCCACAACAGCAACCGCAAAGCAAUACCUUGAUGCCUUCAUCGCCUACAACUACUACUAUUAAUCAAUAUCAACAACAACAAUUACAACCACAUCAACCAACUGGCAAAUUUAUUCAAAAGCAAAUCACUGUUAGUAUGCAACGGCCUACUGCCAACACAGCCGCAGGCUCAACUACACAAACAACAACAACCUACUUAAACCCUGCGACCAUAAAAGUUCUCUCUAGCAGCGGAAUACCAUCAACAAUAGCGCAACAGCGCCCAAAAAUCCCAAGUGGCAAAGGACGUAAACCUACUACAAAUAAACUGCCACCAGGUGCGGUUAAUUUGGAACGUAGCUAUCAAAUUUGCCAAGCUGUCAUUCAAAACAGUCCCAACCGGCAUAAUCUAACGGCGCAACUUCGGCCACCGUCGGCAAUAUUGGCAUCGGGAAACAAUACUGGAACGAAUUCCGGAGCCGCCCAACAGGUGCCAGUGUCGGCGUCAUCACCACAAAUAAAAACCGAAGAAGGUCUAUCGACAGCGUCGACGCCACCUUUACCCACUAUUGGACGAACAGUUUACAAAAUUUCCGUCCCACAGGUUAUUGGACCGAGGAUGGGAUUUCCUCGGAAAAAAUUUGUUCCCCGACAGCCAUCACCGACUUUGAUACGGCAUGUCUACGGUCCUCCGGGUACAGUGCAACAUGCCAGCAUAAUGCCCCAACCCCAUCAGAGUGAAAUUCAACAACAAAAUGGCAACAAUCAGUAUGUUUUUGUGCAUAGGGCGAAUGUUGGAGCAGCAGAUAAUCAAGCACCAAGAGCAUCAAGUGCACCUCCAUCUCAGAAUCAGCUUCAGGGAAUGAAUGGAGUACCAAUAACUGGACGAGGACGUCCAGCAUCUGUUGAUGUAGAUAUAUCGAAAACAUUAAAUAUGCACGAUCUUCAUCAAACUAUAACAACAGCAGCAACUCCUCAUGUCAGAAGAGUGGUAAAUCAAGGUGGCAUAACCUACAUUGACGCUUGUUCGAAUGUUAUCGAUCAACAGCCCAAUUACAUUGUAUCGGCUACAACCACAACCACUACCACCGCCGCAGCAGCAGGAAUCUCAGGAGGUACAUCAUCAGACAGCAAUAACCCACCAACUAACUGUGCAUGCUCACUUAAUGCCAUGGUAAUCUGUCAGCAAUGUGGAGCUUUUUGUCAUGAUGAGUGUAUGGGUGCGUCCAAACUAUGUGUGUCCUGUGUCAUUAGGUGAGAGAAAAAUACCCCUUCCAAUAGAAUAUCCCCUUUAACUCCUAUUGGAUCCUCGUCGUUUGUAAUUUGUCUCUCUGCCUUCGAAACAAUAUAGAAAAUUUUACAUAAUAAUAGUAUGUAGUGCAAGAAUAAAAAAAAAAAACAAAACAAUUUAUUAUAAUAUUUACUCAGUAAUAUUAUAUUAAAUAUUAUAUAUACCAACCAAUGUUGUGAGUAUGACUUAUGUUAAUAAUGACGCUAUUUUGAGGCAUAUAAAAAUGAAGAAGUAUAUAUAUACAUUAUAAAUGAAAUAAAUAAUUAAAAAAUAAAACAAAACAAUCUGCAAUAUGUAUUACUAAAAAUCCGCAAAUCCACAAAAACAAAAUAAAACAAAACACAAUACAUACACUACACGCAAACGUAGACUCUACUGACAUAAAUGUUUAUUCGUAGAUUUUCAACGAUUAAAAAAAUAUUAAACUGUAAAUAU